GGAACGGUUCCUCUGCAGCAAUGGCUUGGCUUUUAGUGAGAUUAGCACUAUCUGUAUCUUUAUUAUAUACUUCAUCAGCGGUAUUUGAAGAUCAAGUCGGAAAGUUUGAUUGGAGGCAACAGUUUGUCGGCAAAGUGCGCUUUGCCUCGUUUGAUACUCAUUCUCAAGCCUCCAAAAAACUCCUUGUGGCAACUGACAAAAACGUGUUUGCUUCCCUCAAUUCUAGGACUGGUGACCUAUUCUGGCGCCAUGUGGAUAAGACUGGACCAGAGGGCCAUAUUGAUUCACUUCUUAUGUAUGGACAAGAUGCUGUUGUUGUUAUUGGGAAUGGCCGUCUGCUUCGCUCCUGGGAGACCACAGUCGGUGGCUUGAAGUGGGAGACAGUGCUUGAUACUGGAAGCUUUCAGGCAGCUGCCUUAAUUGGAGUCCAAGACUUUGUGAAGUAUGUGGCUGUACUUAAGAAAACUGCAAUCUCCUUCCAUGACCUUUCCAGUGGUAGCCAGAUAUGGGUGGAAAAUCUGCCUGACAGCGACACUGUUCAGUAUCAAACCAUUUAUUCUGGAGGGAAUGGAGUGGUGUUUGUUCUGGGAGUCGUCCCAAACUCCCAUAUUGUUAUUGUUGAAUACAAAAUUGAAGAUGGAGACAUCAUGAAUAAGAAAUCAGUUGAGGCACCAUGGAUGUCAAGCUUGGAGAGCAGCUGUGCAGUCAUCAGCUUAGGGAUCCUCUUGUGUGUGGAUCAGAUCACACAGUCCUUGUACACACUGCCACUGCAGUCUACAGAACAGACAGAAAUUAAACAGAUCCACCUCCAGUCUCUGGACUUGGAGGUGGCGUCUGGAUUCCAGCCUGCUCUGAGAUCCACUCAGCCCAACCCUGCGCAGCCUCCUCUCUCGGAGUUCUUCCUGCAGCUCAGUCCAGAUCAUCACAUCCUGCUGCAGCUCAAAGAUGGCCUCAUUGCUCCACUCCGAGACUUCAAUCCAUCUUAUCUGGUUGCAUUUGCCACAACUGGAGAGAAGACAGUUGCUGCUGUGAUGUCACCAAAGAAUGACACUGCCUGCAGCAUCAACCUGUUCAGUGCUGACACAGGCCGGAGACACCUGGACACCACCAUUAUCUACCACAUGGACCCUAAUGGAGGAAAGCCAAACAGAUUGUAUGUCCAUGCCUUUCUGAAGAAAGAUGACUCUGUAGGCUACAGAGUCAUGGUGCAGACGGAAGAUCUUACCCUCACGUUUUUACAACAACCUGGUAGGGUUGUCUGGACGAGGGAGGAGGCCCUGGCUGAUGUGGUCACCAUGGAAAUGGUUGAUCUGCCACUCACUGGAGCACAGGCUGAACUGGAGGGAGAGUUUGGAAAGAAAGCUGAUGGGCUGUUACCAAUGGUUUUGAAGCGCCUCUCUUCCCAGUUCAUCCUACUGCAGGCUUGGUUGACCCAUCUCUGGAAACUCUUCUAUGAUGCCCGGAAGCCUCGGAGCAGCGUGAAGAAUGAGGUCACUAUAGACACCCUGUCCCGGGAUGAGUUUAACCUCCAGAAGAUGAUGGUGAUGGUGACUGCCUCUGGGAAACUCUUUGGCAUCGAGAGUAAAUCAGGAACUGUUAUGUGGAAACACUAUUUAGAAAACAUCAAUCCCAACUCAGUUUUCAAACUAAUGGUUCAGAGGACCACAGCUCACUUUCCUCAUCCACCACAGUGCACACUUCUAAUUAAAGAUAAGGACACAGGUCUUGGAAGCCUCCAUGUAUUCAAUCCCAUUUUUGGUAAGAGGAGUCAUAUUAGCAUCCCUGCCUUACCCAGACCUAUCCUUCAGUCCCUGCUGUUGCCACUCAUAGACCAGGACUAUGCUAAAGUUCUCCUCCUCGUUGAUGAUCAGUACAAGGUCACAGCUUUUCCAUCAACUAAGAAUGUUCUCCAGCAGCUUCAGGACACAGCAUCCUCCAUAUUCUUCUACUUAGUGGACUCCAGCCAGGGCAAACUGUCUGGUUUCCGUCUACGCAAGGAUUUGUCAACGGAGAUUAUCUGGGAGGUGGUCAUCCCUACUGAAGUACAGAAGAUAGUGGCUGUCAAAGGACAACGUGCAAAUGAACAUGUUCAUUCCCAGGGCAGAGUAAUGGGAGACCGUAGUGUGCUCUACAAAUACCUGAACCCUAAUCUGCUGGCUGUUGUAACUGAGAGUACAGACACCCAUCAGGAGCGUAGCUUUGUGGGAAUCAUCCUCAUUGAUGGAGUGACUGGACGUAUUGUGCAUGAGGCAGUGCAGCGGAAGGCCAGAGGACCUGUUCACUUUGUGCACUCAGAAAACUGGGUGGUGUAUGUGUAUUGGAACUCCAAGUUUCGUAGGAAUGAGUUUUCUGUAUUAGAGCUCUUUGAGGGAGCAGAGCUCUAUAACAGCACAGUCUUCAGCUCUCUGGACAGACCACAUCCACCUCAGGUGCUACAGCAGUCAUACAUCUUCCCUGCUCCUAUUAGCACUUUGGAGGCCACACUUACAGAAAAAGGCAUCACCAGCCGACACCUUCUUGUGGGGCUGCCAUCAGGAAGCAUUUUAUCUUUACCAAAGAUGUUCCUGGACCCACGGAGACCAGAGGUGGUCUCGGAACAGAGUCGGGAGGAAAAUCUCAUACCCUAUGCUCCAGAAAUGCCCAUUCGAACAGAAUGGUUUAUAAACUACAACCAAACUGUAUCAAGUGUAAGAGGUAUCUACACUGCCCCCUCUGGCUUGGAGUCUACUUGUUUGGUGGUUGCGUAUGGUCUUGACAUCUACCAGACCAGAGUGUUCCCCUCCAAACAAUUUGAUGUCCUUAAGGAUGACUAUGAUUAUGUACUUAUCAGCAGUGUACUCUUUGGUCUCUUCUUUGCUACCAUGAUCAGCAAACGUCUAGCAGAAGUCAAACUGCUCAACAGGGCAUGGCGAUAAGACAUCCUAAUGGCCUGUUGACUUCUCUCUCACCCGCACUGCUAUGUGGUUGACACAUUGAUGGCAGGACACAGCUGGUGACCAUGUCAAGACCGCAAGAUCUUUUGAUAAGUUUUCUUUUCUUUUUCUUUUCUUUUUUACUACCAGCUGUGUCGGGGAUCUUGUGGCAUUUUGAUAGUAAGUGCAUUGACAGCCAUGGUAGUUUUUCCCUUUUCAGAGAGACAUAAUUAAUGUAGGUAUUAUUAUUUUGCCCAGCAUUUAAGAGAUCACAUUCUAAUUUCUUUAUUUAUGGUGCCUUUCGGGGUAUUUUAACAUGAUUUAAAUUAGAUAUAACCCAAAUAAAAAAUAGCCUUCCCAUUUGUUUUUUUUAUUGGAUGCUCCCUUGCAUCCUCUUGUUUUUUUUUUUUUUUUUUUUUACACAUUUCAUUCAACAAUGUCAUGGAGAUUGAAGAAUAGGUUAUGUGCACUUUCAAAUUGAAUAUUAAUGAGGGAUGUUGCAAAGAGACCCUUAUCAAUUUAAAUUAAAAAAGAUGUAAGAUUGGGUUUUGAAAUAAUAAUUUGAGUCAUUAUUUAUGUAUAUCUGAUAAUGUUUUUGAGAAUAUUUUGAGUUCCUGUUCAGGAUUAUUCAAUAUGGAUUUGAAUGGACAAAAGCUAAUGCAAAUGAGAACUGUGAAUUUUUCAAGAGUCAAGACAUUUGGAUUGUUUUCUCCUGGACAUUAGUGGUAGCAGGUGCUGCAUAGAUUAAACUAAACCAUAUGAAUAAUCUUUUUGUAGUUAUUUUAUGUUAUGUCAAAUGCACUGGAUGGUCUGGAGCCAUGUUCUUUAUUGAUCUAUUUAUUAGCAAGAUCCUAAUAUGCCAUAUCAUUCUUCAAUUUUGACUUGUUACAAAUCCUUGUGAUUUUUCUAUUAUGUAAAAUGUUUCCACUACUUCUCAUUGAUUGUACUUAACAUUUUUUGAAAGCAUGCCCUCUGCUGCAAAUUAAAUUAUGUCAGAACAAAUUUCAUUUUAAUUAUAUUUGUAACACAAGGGUAGAUCAUUAAAUUGGUGUCAAACCUAAUGUUUUAAAAAAAAAAAAAAAAAACACAUACAAUGUGUUCUUGUUCCCCUGUUAAUCACUAAUAAAAGUUUUCUCUC